AAAUGAUAAUUUCGCAUUUUUAAUAAUUUCUUUUUGAGUUUAAUAUAUAUUAAGAAUAAUUUUUAUAUUAUAAAAUUAAUACGCUUUGACAACCCUAUUCUUACUAAUUUAAAUCACUUCAUCGCCGUUUGCAGUUGUGUUUUAAUUUUGCUCUUCUAAUUUAUUAUUAACUUUUAAAAUAUGUUUAGACCUGAAACAGAAGACAUGUUGCCACGCUGUGCUCCAAGACCAAGUGUUCCUUUAAAUAUGAAUACUGCAUCUAUAGUGCGUCCAACAGUGCCUGAAGUAUCAAUACUAUUUGGAGCACAACAAGCUGCUACUACAAGUACAACUACUACGCCAGCAGCAACAUCGGAACCGAUACAACCAACAUAUGCUGCUUGGAAAAAGCAAGUACUGCCGAAGGUAUCAUUUCCUCCAGUUGGCGCUGAAGUAUAUAGUAUAAAUGGUCAUAUAGUAAAUUCAACCAAUGUUACCUCUGCGCCAGCAACAACACCAUAUCUAGUUAGCCAGCCCCUCGCUACAAAUAAUGCACAAAUUACAACAAAUGUUUAUUCACAACGAACAAUUGGCGUAAAUGCAGCAAAUCCAAUGUCAACUGGCAAUUCUACAGAGAAUGCAGUUAGAACAAAUGGAGCAACACAGCUGCAGCAAUAUCGAAGAAGUUUAGAUCAACCGUUAGGUACACAAGAAAUCAAACAAGAUAAUUCAAAGAGCCGGUCUCUAGAUGUCACUACAGUAAUGAUACCCACACAAAUUCAACAAGCUUUCUCAACAAAACAGGAAGUGCUUACCAUUUGUGCAGGCACGCAAACAGACGCCACAUUGCUUUCUGAUUCCAACCAUAUUGAUGCUACCAUGCUCACACGACUAGCAACUAAGGAAGACCUUCAACAGUUACAUGCAAUAUUUGGUGAGUUGCGUGCGGACCAGUUGCGUCUAAUGAAUGCUGUCGAGACACUUCUAAAUCAACACAUAGUUCACUCUAAUCACGUGUCGCGUCAGGAUGCAAGUACACAGUACAGCGAUAAUGGUGGUUACAAUAAAGAAAGGAAAACACGACAACAAGACGGGUUGAACGAAGAGUAUAACAGCCCAAACGCAGUGGCAGCGCCAAGCGAACGAUAUCAACAAAUUAAAAAUGUGCCUGCAUACGUUAUAGAAUCACCGCGACAGCCUGCAGCGCAAUCAACUGCUUAUCAACCAAACACACCGCGCAAUAUCAAAUCAUCUACAGACAAUAUUAUACAUAAUAAACCAAGUACGGAACAAAGUAUGCUCAUGAAUGAGUUGGCGCUUAAAUAUCUGCCAAAUGAAAAGUUAAAUGAGUUGCUACACGAACUCAAUAUAUCACCAACGCCACCCAAACAAACUACACCCUUACGCCCAAUUGAAAACACGACCAAUGAGAAACGACCAAGUGAUAUUUCAAAUGCUUCUUAUAAGUAUCUUCAAAAAUAUAGAUUAUUACCGGAUGUGCAACACGAAGUCAAGGAACAACUAACACCAGUGAGCUCACCUUUAACGCAGGCUGCACGACAACAGCUACAACAACAAUCACCUUAUCAACAACGUCUCGCCUCACCUUGUGUGUUAUCACCGCAAGCGCCCAUGUUGGACCUGGAGCAUAUACGACGUCAACCCAAACUUAUUUAAUUCGUACUUAUAUAGUAAUUUGAUUAAAUUAAUUAUUUUGUGCAUUUUAGGGUUAUUGUUUUUAAUUAUACUAAUUUAUUUAAAAAGCUUCCAUAAUUAAUGUAUACUGUGGUGCUUCACAAAUAUUACUUAGAUAACCAAUCGGUUACAAUCUCUUCAGUCUGGUAAUUGUCUACAAUCAACUAAAUAAAAUAUAAAUUAGUUUACUUAA